GCCUGGUUCGAGGAGGGAGAGGAAACAAUCACUGCCUUCGUGGAGCCUUUUGUAAUCUUACUGAUUCUUAUAGCUAACGCCAUCGUAGGUGUUUGGCAGGAACGUAAUGCAGAAAAUGCCAUUGAAGCCCUUAAGGAGUACGAGCCAGAGAUGGGCAAGGUGUACCGUCAGGACAGGAAGGCCGUCCAGAGGAUCAAAGCUAAAGACAUUGUGCCUGGAGACAUUGUGGAGGUUGCUGUGGGCGACAAGGUACCUGCCGAUAUACGUAUCUGUGCCAUUAAGUCCACCACGCUCAGAGUGGACCAGUCUAUUCUGACAGGCGAGUCUGUCUCUGUCAUUAAGCACACCGACCCCGUGCCAGAUCCCCGCGCCGUCAAUCAGGACAAGAAGAACAUGUUAUUCUCCGGAACCAACAUUGCUGCGGGAAAAGCCGUAGGUGUGGUGGUGGCCACAGGUGUGAACACAGAGAUCGGUAAAAUCCGUGAUGAGAUGGCCUCCACCGAGCAGGAGAAGACGCCCCUGCAGCAGAAGCUGGAUGAGUUCGGUGAGCAGCUCUCCAAAGUCAUCACUCUCAUCUGCAUCGCCGUGUGGAUCAUCAACAUCGGCCACUUCAACGACCCCGUCCACGGCGGCUCCUGGAUCCGUGGAGCCAUUUACUACUUCAAAAUUGCCGUUGCUCUGGCCGUGGCCGCCAUCCCUGAAGGUCUUCCUGCUGUCAUCACCACCUGCCUGGCUCUCGGCACCCGCCGUAUGGCCAAGAAAAAUGCCAUUGUCCGCUCUCUGCCCUCUGUGGAGACGCUGGGUUGCACUUCCGUCAUCUGCUCUGACAAAACCGGCACCCUCACCACCAACCAGAUGUCUGUCUGCAGGAUGUUCAUCAUAGACAAGGCUGAGGGAGAUAACUGCUCACUGACUGAAUUCACCAUCUCUGGCUCCACAUACGCUCCUGAAGGAGAUGUAUUCCUUGAUAACCGAGUAGUGAAAAGCUCCCAGUAUGACGGGUUGGUGGAGCUGGCGACCAUCUGUGCCUUGUGUAAUGAUUCCUCCUUGGAUUAUAAUGAGUCUAAAGGUGUUUUUGAGAAGGUUGGAGAGGCCACGGAGACGGCUCUGACCUGCCUGGUGGAAAAGAUGAACGUUUUUGACACUGACGUCAGGAGCCUGUCUAAGAUCGAGAGAGCCAACGCCUGCAACUCAGUGAUCAAACAACUGAUGAAGAAGGAGUUCACCCUGGAGUUCUCCAGAGACAGGAAGUCCAUGUCUGUGUACUGUUCCCCCAACAAGGCCAAAUCCUCUUCUGCUAAGAUGUUUGUCAAGGGAGCUCCAGAGGGAGUGAUUGAGAGGUGCACAUAUGUGCGAGUAGGUGGAUCCAGGGUUCCCCUGACUCAAGGCAUCAAGGAUAAGAUCAUGUCUGUGAUCAGAGAGUACGGCACUGGCCGUGAUACCCUGCGCUGCCUGGCACUGGCCACCCGUGAUAGCCCGCUGAAGAAAGAUGAGAUGAUCCUGUCAGAAACGGCCCGCUUUGCAGAGUAUGAGUCGGAUCUGACUUUCGUGGGCUGCGUGGGCAUGCUGGAUCCUCCUCGUACAGAAGUAGCCGCUUCCAUCAAGCUCUGCCGCCUUGCCGGCAUCCGGGUCAUCAUGAUCACCGGUGACAACAAGGGCACGGCUGUGGCCAUCUGCAGACGCAUCGGCAUCUUCUCAGAGGAAGAUGACGUCAACCGCAUGGCCUUCACCGGCCGUGAAUUCGACGACCUUUCCCUUCACGCCCAGCGCGAAGCCGUCAUGUCUGCCCGCUGCUUUGCACGUGUCGAGCCUUCACACAAGUCCAAGAUUGUGGAGUUCCUGCAGGGCUUUGACGAGAUCACUGCCAUGACAGGAGAUGGCGUGAACGAUGCCCCUGCCCUGAAGAAGGCAGAGAUUGGCAUCGCCAUGGGCUCUGGCACUGCCGUGGCCAAGACAGCCUCGGAGAUGGUCCUCGCUGAUGACAACUUUUCCACCAUUGUGGCUGCCGUUGAGGAAGGCAGAGCUAUCUACAACAACAUGAAGCAGUUCAUCCGCUACCUCAUCUCCUCCAACGUGGGCGAGGUCGUCUGUAUCUUCCUCACUGCUGCGUUGGGUUUCCCUGAGGCCCUGAUCCCCGUCCAGCUGCUGUGGGUGAACCUGGUGACUGAUGGUCUUCCCGCCACCGCUCUGGGCUUCAACCCUCCUGACCUGGACAUCAUGAACAAGCCCCCCCGCAACGCCAAGGAGCCGCUCAUCUCUGGAUGGCUCUUUUUCAGAUACUUGGCCAUCGGCUGUUAUGUGGGUGCUGCGACUGUAGGAGCUGCAGCCUGGUGGUUCAUUUCUGCUGAUGAUGGUCCAAUGAUCACAUUUUACCAGCUGAGUCAUUUCCUGCAGUGUUCUCCUGAUAAUCCUGACUUCCAGGAUCUGGAUUGCCACGUGUUCGAGUCUCCCUACCCCAUGACCAUGGCCCUGUCUGUGCUGGUCACCAUCGAGAUGUGUAACGCCCUCAACAGUCUGUCAGAGAAUCAGUCUCUGCUGCGCAUGCCUCCCUGGGAGAACAUCUGGCUGCUGGGAGCCAUCUGCCUCUCCAUGUCUCUGCAUUUCCUCAUCCUCUAUGUAGACCCGCUGCCGGUACGGCACCCUUAACACUACAGAUCAUUAA